AUGAGAGAAGUUAUCAGUGUUAACGUUGGUCAAGCUGGUUGUCAAAUCGGUAACUCCUGUUGGGAAUUAUACUCUUUAGAACAUGGUAUUCAACCAGAUGGAUACUUACAAGAAGGUUUAAACAGACCAAAAGGUCCAGAAGAAGGUUACUCAACUUUCUUCAGUGAAACUGGUUCAGGUAAAUACGUCCCAAGAGCUUUAUAUGUUGAUUUGGAACCAAAUGUUGUUGAUGAAGUUAGAACUGGUGCCUACAAAGAUUUAUUCCAUCCAGAACAAUUAAUCACAGGUAAAGAAGAUGCCGCUAACAACUAUGCUAGAGGUCACUACACUGUUGGUAGAGAUUUAUUGGAUGAUGUCUUAGAUAGAAUUAGAAGAAUGUCCGAUCAAUGUGAUGGUUUACAAGGUUUCUUAUUCACCCAUUCCUUAGGUGGUGGUACCGGUUCAGGUUUUGGUUCAUUAUUAUUAGAACAAUUAAGUUUGGAAUACGGUAAAAAAUCCAAAUUAGAAUUUGCUGUUUACCCAGCUGCUCAAACCUCUACCUCAGUUGUUGAACCAUAUAACACUGUUUUAACUACCCAUACCACUUUAGAACACGCUGACUGUACAUUUAUGGUUGAUAAUGAAGCUAUUUAUGAUAUCUGCAGAAGAAACUUGGAUAUUUCAAGACCAAGUUUCGCAAACUUGAAUAACAUGAUUGCUCAAGUUGUUUCAUCAGUUACUGCUUCAUUACGUUUUGAUGGUUCAUUAAAUGUUGAUUUGAAUGAAUUCCAAACCAAUUUAGUCCCAUACCCAAGAAUCCAUUUCCCAUUAGUCGGUUAUGCACCAGUUGUUUCAAAAUCAAGAGCUACUCAUGAAUCUAACUCAGUUUCUGAAAUCACAAACGCCUGUUUCGGACCAGGUAACCAAAUGGUCAAAUGUGACCCAAGAGUUGGUAAAUAUAUGGCUACUUGUUUAUUAUACAGAGGUGAUGUUGUUACAAGAGAUGUUCAAAACGCUGUUGCACAAGUUAAAACUAAGAAAACUGUUCAAUUGGUUGACUGGAUCCCAACUGGUUUCAAAAUUGGUAUCUGUUAUGAACCACCAACUGCUCCUCCAUCAGCAAACUUGGCUGCUGUUUCAAGAGCUGUCUGUAUGUUAUCUAACACUACUGCUAUUGCUGAAGCUUGGAGAAGAAUUGACAGAAAAUUCGAUUUGAUGUAUUCUAAACGUGCUUUCGUCCAUUGGUAUGUCGGUGAAGGUAUGGAAGAAGGUGAAUUUACUGAAGCAAGAGAAGAUUUAGCUGCUUUAGAAAGAGAUUAUGAAGAAGUUGGUAUCGAUUCAAUCGAUCAAGAAGAAGGUGAAGAAUACUAA